GACUGUCACAGGUGCCAUGGUCACGGCCGGGCCAAGUGCGGGGUGUGCCACGGGGCAGGUCGGACGAGGUGUGUAACGUGCAAGGGAUCCCGACGGAGGCUAAAGCAGCAAAAGAGAUGCCAGCUUUGUUCAGGUACAGGUCGCAAAAGGUGCGGUACCUGUUCUGGCUGGGGCAGCAAGACCUGUGCAACCUGUCAUGGAGAGAAAAAGCUCCAACAUUUCAAGCAGCUGGUGAUAACCUGGAAGAACAAUGUCUUUGAAUUUGUUUCUGAGCAUCACCUGAACUUCCCAGGAGAGCUGCUCAGCAAAGUCAGUGGAGAGAAUAUAUUUAAAGAUGAAAAUGUGAUGGUGUACCCCAUCAUCAACUUUCCCGAUCCCGAGAUCUCCCUGGCCUCGCAGCGAGCCAUCGCAGAGCACAGCGCGGCCUUUGCCCGCAUCCUCCGGCAG